AUGGCUUAGAAUUAAAAUAGCAAUUUAGGUCUCUCAUCUUACGAAUAAAAUAAUCACAAUAAUGGAAACCAAGACAGACAUCAUCAUGGGAGUGGGAAUAGAGAGUACGGAAGUGGUCCAACAAGCUUUGUAUUUGGGGAUAACGACAACUUCAAAUGUGACUAUAUGGACACUAUUAAGCCAGCUCUGUGGAAAAAUAUUCCUAUCCCUGUAGUUGAGUCGAUAGAGAAAGUAGUAAUGGAGUUUGAUUCACUUAACUUGAAAUUAAAUCGGUAAUUCGACGGUUUCAAGCGCUAUACGAAGCGCAUGCAAUUUGAUUAGCAAAAGAUGCUUGAACAGAUAAAAAUUAGAGAGGACUAAAUGGAGUAAAAGAUGAAUUCUUAAAUCAGUAAGAUGCGAGAUUAGAUUAAGCAGGAUCACAUAAAAACAGAGCAUAGAUAUAAUGAAUUUUCUGAUAGAGUCAAUACCAUUAUCAAUGAAAUAAUGUUUACUAAAUUGCCUGAUAUGGAUAAAUCUCUAUUUGAAUUGAAUAUGUUCGUCAGCAACAAAGGAUAUAUGGCUGAUAUAAAGGAUAUGGUUAUCGAUAUAAAUGAGAAGUUUCACUCCUUUAGAAAUAUUCAUGAUGAUUUAUUUGAAUUAAAAGCAAGCAGUGAGAGGCAUCAUGAACAUAUCAAAACAAAUCAUAAGGAUAUUAUAAACGCUGAGAAUAAGAUUUAACAACUGGCAAAUGAAGCAGAAUAGAUUAGAAAUGACUUAAAAAACUCAUAGUUUCUUGGAAUAGAUAGCUUAAAAAAUGUUAAAUAGCAAAUUAUUUAGGAUAAGGUUAAAUUUGACGAUCAUAUAGACGAUGUAAGGAAACUGGGGUUUAAGGUAGAAGUUGAUUUGAAAUAUCUUGAAGAAAGGUUUACAGAAUUUGUAGAAAAAGAUUUUGAAAAGUUAAAUUACUUAGUGAGGAAAAAUAACUUCAUUCCAAAGACACCGAACUUUACAGGGUAGAUUAAAAGGAUAAUAUCCGAUGAAAUGAUUGAGCUCGAAAAAAAAGUAUAAAAAGAUAGAGAUAUUAUGAAGAUAGAUUUCGAUGAAAGAUUCAAUGAACUUAUAAAUAAUUUGCAAAACUUAGUUAAUAAUAAUGAUGGGGGUAAAAGUCUUGCGGGGAUGACUGCACUGGGUUAAAUGCUGAAGAAUUUGAGAUAAACUAACAAUAGCUCAGGCUAUGAAAAGUUAGAGGAAAAAAUUGUAAACUUAGAAAAUUUGCUGAAAUAGCAUGCAACAUCAAUUGUUAGAAUGUAAAAAGUAAUUCAGCUUAAGCAGAGCAAAAAUGAGUCUACUUUUCUCAAGUAGAGAUAGAAGCGUGACUCAACCAAUCCGUUAACUAUCAGAAAAAUACCUUCUAAGGAUUUCAACUUUAAUGAGGAUUUGGAGUUCACAGGUAUUUAGCAUACAACAUCUAGUGCUAUACAAAAGCAAAUCUAAGAUAACUAAUAAAUAUCAUCAAGUUAAAUGACUCAUCAAGUUAGUGUUUCAUAGCCAAAUCACUCAAGAAUGGAUGAAUAUUUAUAUCAUAGAAGUCAUAGUCAUGAAAAGAAGGAUAGAGAUUAAAGAUUAAUAGAUAAAAAUCACUCCUACGAAUUUGAAUCAAAACUCGAUGGAAAUUUCGCAGAUACUCCGACUACUCAGAGAAAAGAAAGAAAAAUGAUCCUCACAAAGUUAGGCUCACAUUUCGUAAAAACUACUAAUGAUUUUGACAAUGAUGAACUGGCCAUUAUGACAGUGAGGGAAGAGAAUGAAAAUGAAGAAUAAAAGGUAGAAAAUAUGUAUAGCAGUGCUUCGUUAGAAUAAUAGAAAAGAGAAAAAUAAAGAAAAACUCCCUCUAAGUAUAAAAGCAAUAACAACUUAAAAAUAAGUCCAAUCACUAGUCCUAACCCAAUAAUGUCUAAAUUCUUCAAAGCCAGUGAUCCUUUAUAAGAGUAUAAUUCAGAGAAUCUAGAUUAAAAACUUGAAUUUAUAGCAUAAAAUAUUUAGCUAAAUCAUGGUUCAUCAGUUAAUAACAGUAGACAUUAAGUUAAUAACAAACUAUCAGCUCUAACUUCAUCACAAGGAUUUAAUUAAGUUGAUAAAAUCUCAGAGUAAAAUAUUGGCUAUUAUGACUUGCUUAGAAUGGGUGCUGUUGAAGAGGUAGGAUAGGAAAAGAAAGCUUCCUCUACUUCAAGAGUAAAUAAUGAUUCUUCAAGACUUGAAACCCAGAAUCUAGCUGAAAAAGUUGGACAUGGUAUUAGGGCUACCUAGGAAUUAUCUGAUAGGAUAAAGGAGAACACAAUUAGAAACAGAUAGCAGCACGACAUUAGCAGAUUAGUGACUGAAGAAAAUCUAGCAAAACGAAAAAAUUUGAACUCCUCAAUGAUUAUUAACUCUAUGGAUGCUCUUAAAUAAAUGGCUAUUAAAUAGCAAAGGAUUGAAGAAACAAUCAUAAAAAACUUCAGUAAUACUGCUAAAAAUUUUGUUCAUAGACGUAGAGAUACAUAGAGUCAUAUAUCAUUGCCUAAAGUUGCGAGGACAUAACAGGUUUCACCAGAUGCCUUGAUAUUUAACAACGGUGUAAAUGUAAAGAGAAAUAAAGAUACAUCUCAAAAAGUGAGAGAAAGAUAAAAAGCUCUUCAAGUUUAAUUUGAAAUGAUUAAUGGACUAAGAUCAUGA